AUGGCUUCCUCCUCUCUCUGCUUCAUCUCCUUCCUCUGUUUCUUGCUCGCCCAUGGAGCUUUGAAGCUUCAAGCUUCCCACCAUGUUUACACAGCUCAAGCUUCUCGCCUUCUUCUUCAUCAUCAUGAACAGCCUUAUAGAACUUCCUACCAUUUUCAGCCUCCUAAGAAUUGGAUCAACGAUCCAAAUGGACCAAUGAUAUACAAGGGAAUUUAUCAUCUGUUUUACCAAUACAAUCCUAAAGGAGCUGUGUGGGGUAACAUUGUGUGGGCCCACUCUACAUCAACGGACCUGAUCAAUUGGAAACCCCAUGAUUAUGCCAUCUACCCAUCUCAGCCCUCCGAUAUCAACGGCUGCUGGUCGGGAUCCGCCACCAUUCUCCCCGGUGACAAACCGGCGAUUCUUUACACAGGAAUUAACCCUAAAAACCAACAAGUUCAAAACUUGGCUGUCCCUAAGAAUCUCUCUGAUCCAUAUCUUAGAGAAUGGGUGAAAUCCCCAAAGAAUCCUCUCAUGGCUCCCACCCCACAAAACCAUAUCAACUCUAGCUCAUUCCGUGACCCCACCACCGCCUGGCUCGGUCACGACGGCGAAUGGCGGGUCAUCAUUGGAAGCAAGAUUGAUGCCCGUGGACUUGCCAUUAUGUUCCGAAGCAAAGAUUUUGUUAAGUGGGAUCAGGUUGAUCAUCCGCUUCAUUAUGCCGAUGGCAUGGGAAUGUGGGAGUGUCCAGAUUUCUUCCCUGUGGCAAAGAAUGGUCAUGCGGGCGUUGACACGAGUGUGAGUGGACAACACGUAAAACACGUGUUGAAGGUGAGCUUGGAUGAUACUAAGCAUGAUCAGUACACGGUCGGAACAUAUGAUUUGAAGAAAGAUAUUUAUGUUCCGGAUAAAGGAUCGAUCGAAGACUACACAGGAUUGAGAUAUGAUUAUGGAAAGUAUUACGCUUCAAAGACAUUCUUCGACGGCCAAAAGAAGAGGAGAGUUUUGUGGGGUUGGGUGAAUGAAUCCUCAAGCGUUGAUGAUGACAUCAAGAAGGGAUGGUCGGGCGUCCAGGCAAUUCCAAGGGCUGUUUGGCUUGAUGCAUCUGGAAAGCAAUUAAUUCAAUGGCCAAUUGCGGAAAUUCAAAAGCUUCGGAAGGACAAAAUUAAAUUGACAAACAAAGUAUUGAAGAAAGGAUCAAUAGUUGCAGUAAAAGGUGUAACAGCGGCACAGGCCGAUGUUGAUGUUUCAUUCAAAGUGAAAAGCUUCAACAAAGCUCAAAGGCUGAAGGCUGAAUGGAAAGACCCACAAUUGGUUUGUAGCCAAAUGGGAGCAGCUGCCAAGGGUGGAGUUGGUCCAUUUGGGCUUCUAGUUUUGGCUUCCAACAACUUGGAAGAGUACACUUCGGUGUUCUUUAGGAUAUUCAAAGGACAAGACAAAUAUGUUGUGCUUAUGUGUAGCGACCAAAGCAGGUCUUCGUUGAACGCUAAUAAUGACAAGACAACGUAUGGAGCAUUCUUGGAUGUAGACCCAGUUCGUGAAAACGUUUCGUUGAGAAGUCUGAUUGAUCACUCAAUUGUCGAAAGCUUUGGAUCUAAAGGAAAGGCUUGCAUCACGGCAAGAGUGUAUCCAAGGUUGGCGAUUGGAGACAAAGCUGGUCUCUAUGCUUUCAACAAUGGAACAGAGAGUGUAACCAUCGCAAAACUCCGUGCUUGGAGCCUAAAAAAAGCUCAAAUAAUUUAA